AUGCUCAUGGUCAAUUGGAAUCACGUGAACGUCGACUUGUCGACGCGCAAGAAGCCGCCGGCGCAGCCGCAGUGGGCCCGGCGCAUGCGGCUGCGCGAGGCCGACUGCUCGGCCGCGGCCGCGCGCGCGUCGCCGCCCGAAUGCCGGACCGACGGCAACGGGAUGUACGACCAGCGGAUCCGCAGGGGCAGCAACUACGCGAGGGCGAGGCCGCCGACGCCGCAGCCGCAACCGUCGCUGGCGGUCCGGCGCAAACUGCUCGAGGCCAAACGCCGGUUGCAGCUGAAAAUACAGCUGGGCGCCGGCGACAGCGGCCGGGCCAGCGUCUACGUGCAGUGCGAGCCGCAGGGCCCCGCGGAACCGAGAACGCGAACCCAGGCCAUGCAGUGUCAAAUCUCGCCGCGAUACGUGCCGCAGGACAUCGGGAUCGAGGUGGUCAAGACGUCCACGGGCGUGGACGCGUCCACGCAGGUGUGCGACGCCGACCUGACGGACUUCAAGAGGGAAUGGUACGCGCCGGCCAAGAACUUGGUGUCCGCCGUCCUCAAUCAGGCCACCGUGUGCGUCGUGUACGAGGACGACGCGGUCUGGUUCCGCCGCGAACAGGACGUCUACAGGCGCAGACGCUUGGCGGAGCUGGUCGAGUUGGACAGGCUGGAUUGCAUCGAAGCCGCGCGCUUGAGCCGGGCCCAGAAGGAGUUGGAGACGGUGGAGCGCGCGGCGCCCGGCCCGUCUUACCGCGCCAUGUACGCCCGGGCGUUGGCCGAGCACACCGUGGCCGGCGUCGCCGACAGGGCCAUGCGCCAGUUGGAGAUGGCCGACUACACGCAGACCGAUAGGCAGAUGAUCGACUGGUUAAGCGCCCGGGUCUACGAUCACUGCAAACACCGGGCCAAACGCGAAGCCCACCUGGAUGAUUUGAUCAGGGACGCGAUAGUCAACCGGCGGCAGGUGUAUAAACGGCUGCAGCGGGAAAUUGCGGAGAAACGACGCCACGACGCGGGCCGACCCGAAACGAGACAAAGUUCACACGGGACACUUCCGCCUCGUUUAUAA